AUCACGCGUGUGUACGUCUUCGACUAUGGCAUGUACUCUGCUGACUUCACAGGGUAAGACUUGAGUGCGGUAAUACAAUGCCCCGAUGUCUUCAUGUAACAUUGUGUCGGAGGAUUGUGUGAAACCAUGCAUGAAGGCAUGGGACAGCUUUAUAGCCUAAUUAUAGCUUUUUGCUUAUGAUCACUCAUUGUUUUCCCUCUUCCCCCUAUUCUCUUUUACACUUUCACUCUCUAUCUUACUGUCUCUGUCCCUCUCCCUCUCUCCCUCUUUGUUACUCUCUGUCUCCCUCUCUCUCCAUAGGCCUAUGAUGGUGAUAACACAGAAGAUCACCAGCUUGACGUUUGAAAUCCACGAUGGUAAGUAAGGAGCUUUUUUUCCUUCAAACCAGACAUUGAGAAUAUAUUUCUGGAUUAAUCAUAUAAGCCUGUCUCCUCCUCUGAUGUCAGAUGGACCAAAAGAGAGAUGUUAUGCACUAGUAACAUCAUGGGAUAUCCCUCACAUCACCUACAAUGUUAUGGCAUGUUUACUGCCACCACAUCACUGGAAUAUCUCACAUACUUACUCCAUUUCUCCAUAGAAAUGUGGAGGAGUCGGAUCAUAAGGUUGCAUUCUCACUUCUCAGUGCGUUUGAGGACACUGUUUCUAUUGUACUCUGAUAACCCUCGGACCAAAAGUAAAAUAGAAGAAGAAAGCAGGAUAGAAACUAUGUGUUCGAGAGAAUAAGGAGCAAUAGCUCUAUCAAAAUAAAUAGCUUUCCAUGCACACACACACACACACACACACACACACACACACACACACACACACACACACACACACACACACACACAGGGAUGACCUGUGUCACAUGUGGCUCCAGUCCCUAGCUGGCAUUAGGCUGUAAUAUUGUGAGCUAAUUAGCUGUACUUAUCUUGUUAUCAGCGUAAUGGCCGCCAUAAACAACUCUGAAUUAUUCGGCCCACUUCCCUCCGGUCGCCUCAUCCCCGGUGUGCGGCGUGCAACAAGACAAAACGCUGCGGGGUUGGCGAGACAACAGGGCUCCAAACUUUCUGGUAGUCAAUUUAGUGUCUGUUAAUUAGCCUUUAGAUCAGCAGGGACCUGCAAAGAGUGAGAGCGAGAGAGAGCACUGGGACCUAACGGAUGUCAUUACCCAUACUGGACAGUCACAGGAGAGGACAGGACAGCACUGACUUCUCAGACCACUGCCUCUCUCUGGGAUGAAGUCUAUGGGCAGGGAAUGGUGGCCUCACCCUUGUCAACCAUAUAUACUGUUAUGAAAUGUUUUCAUUCCAAUACAUUGGAAAGUCAAAGUGAGUAUCUUUGAAUAAACUUGAACACAAACCACCCUGAUCAAAAGCAAGCAUUACGUAUGUGUUCUUCUCUGCGUCCCUCCCCCCAACAGGAAUGUGCCGGAAAGAGGAGCAGCUGACUCCAAAUCAGAAGAUCCUGGCUAUAAAGUAUGUUUUACACAUAUGUUUUUGUUCUUUUGAGCAGAAAAUGGCUGCUUCCUGUAUGAGCAUGUAAGGACGCUCUGAUUGGCUCUAUAGUUGCUGAAUUCCAAAAUCGACCCCUAGUCUCUAGGCCUAGGCAUUUCAUGUAGCUCUUUUAAAAGGUUAUUUAAAUGUCUUUAGGUACAUUGUUUCUCUUUAGAGAGGAGGAGCGUGUCUUUGGGGAUUCUAACUAUGCCUGUAUCAGUCAGUAUCACAGUCUGAACUGUCACUGUAAUGACUGGGCGACUGUGUUGUGAUGGUCUCUGUGAGUCCCUUUCUUUGUGUCACAGUUGUCACUAUCUCUGACUGUCUCCCCCUGUAAUGACUGCAUUAUGACUGUAUCUGUGCCUCCUCCAUCCUCCCCUGUAAUGACUGUAUCUGUGCCUCCUCCAUCCUCCCCUGUAAUGACUGUAUCUGUGCCUCCUCCAUCCUCCCCUGUAGGAGAAUGCCAAGUCUGCUUGAAUACUUCAGCUACAACUGUAACUUCAUGGGCAUCCUGGCCGGCCCCACAUGCUCCUACAACGAUUACAUCGCCUUCAUUGAGGGCACGCCCUGCUGUCGCCAUAGAGACCAGCAGACCAAUGGGAAGGCCAAUGGCAGGCACAAACAGACUGACCCCUCCCCAAAUGUAAGCAUGGGUCUCAAAUGUCACUAUGAUGUUCUGGAAAGUUACCAAAUGGGCAGCAUGCUCUGCUUUUAAAACAUGCCAACUAUUAUCAAUGCUUGUCUGGAACUUUCUUUCUAAGAGGACAACAUUGCUGUGUAGUAAAUGCACAGUAUUCCCUAUUCACUGAAGGAACAGCAACAUAUGGCUGUCUUUUGUCUCUUAUGAAGCUCUCAAUUAUACAUAGCUGAUGUGAGUUUAAGGAGGCUGCGUCCCAAAUGGCACCCUAUUCCCUUAUAUAGUGCACUGCUUUUGACCAUAGGGCCCUGGUCAAAAGUAGUGCACAAUAUAGGGAAUAGAGUUCCAUUUGGGACACAGUGUUUUUAUGGGCUGACGUUUUCCCCAUUCCUCAGAUUGAAGUCGUCCGUAAGCUGGCCACCUGUUUCUUCUCCCUCAUGGUUUUCCUGUCCGUGUGUAAAGUGUUCCCUGUGGAACGGAACAUCGACGACGACUUCAUCGCCACCACACCCUUCUACACCCAGGUGGUCUACCUCUACCUGUCCAUGCUGACCACCCGGCCCAAGUACUACUUCGUCUGGACGCUGGGUGGGUCUUCUCUCUCUUCCAUAGGUUGCCGUCUGAUUCUCCAUCCUUCUUUCGAAGUGUGCACUUGUCCUUCAGCCAAUGUUUAAACCAAUCCAUCACUUUCAAAUCCAUGAUGGGGAGUGUGUGAGAAGGAAGGAUAAUCGUUUUUGGAAGAAGAGUCGCGUAGCCGUAGACAGUUUUCCAUAGUAAAGCUCUUAUCUUUAGGUUUGUUUUCAUGGAUUGACCCUGAAAACAAUUCUUAGCUGUAAUAUCCUCCAUUAUUCCAUGUUGACAAGUAACCCCUCCCAGACUGAGAACAGAUGAGCUUUAAAGGUGAUGAGAUCAGUCCAACUUUGAUCAGAAGUUUAGUUUAGCUGAAUCCAUUGACUGUUAAUGAGCCAGUUGUAUUUGAUAAAUCUCCAAUGGAUGUAGCAUCCUUGACUUAGUCAGAAAUUCAGCUUCUCCUCACCAAUAUUCAAAAUAUGGCCUUGUUAUUCUUAGGGUCUGUACUGUCCACAUGAGAGGAGUGCUGAAUUAAUAAUGGAAGUGUUUGCAACAAGGCGUGUGUGCGUGUGUUUGUUUGCAGCAAGGUGUGUGUGAGUAUGGUGAUAACAAGCAGGUAGAGGUGGGACUCACUCAGUGCUUCUCUGUACACACACACACACACACACACACACACACACACACACACACACACACACACACACACACACACACACACAGAGCACGGAUGCACGGCCUCAUUGUCUUGUUCCACACUGCUUUCUGCAGGAGCACAAAGGAAAUAUGAUGUAAUAUGGUGCUUCACUUUACUGGUCAUAAACAUGAUGUAUUGUCCUUCACUUUCAUAUAAAUACGCUGUUGUUAGGAUGAUGGAUGAUCUGAUGUUAGUAACAAAUUAAUGUCUAGAAUGAUAUUAUCAUCACUAAUAAAUAGUGCAAUUUGUGGAUGCAAUACAUCCCUUCUGAGCUGGGUUCCUCUCAAGGUUUCGUCCUUCUACAGAGUUUUUCCUGGCCGCUGUGCUUUCGCUUCUGCUUUGCUUGCUCUUUAGGUUCAAGGCCGGGUAACUGUUAAGCACUUUGUGACAACUGCUGAUGUAAAGAAGGGCUUUAUAAAAUACAAUUGAUUGAUUGAUUACGGUGCAGAUGGGACAUGUGAGGAGAUGGUGUUUUCUAAAAGCACGUGUUUUCAUUCUGAACAGCCGAUGCCAUCAACAACGCAGCAGGCUUUGGGUUCAACGGAUACAACAGCGACGGCUCACCACGUUGGGAUCUCAUCUCCAAUCUGAGGAUAAUGGACAUUGAGGUUCGAUUUUUGGGCCAUUGUCUUCGUUCAUGUCUCAGUAUGUUUCUCAUAACUCUAAUACAAGCUCAAGUUACUGUAUACUGAUGUUUCCCUUCUCUGCCUUGGUUCCAGUUUGCCACCAGCUUCAAGAUGUUCCUCGACAAUUGGAAUAUACAGACGGCACAUUGGCUCAAAAGGUACAGAGAUAAAGAAACCAGGCUUAGUCUGUCAUUGGUAAAGACACAAGGAGUGUCAUUUAGUCAAUUUCUUUCUCUAAUUAUCAACACCAGCUUGCAGCCACAUUGUACAUACUAUUUAAAUACAUUGUAAUUACAGUUUAGGCUUUAUUCUUAUUUAAUGCGAGGUGUUCCCUAAAUAAUUUGUGGAUGCACCUAUAGCCAAGGCACUGGGGACUUGUCUGUCUAAAAGUAUUCCACCUAGUGGAUUCUGUUAGUACUAACAGUAGUUUCCAUUAACCCUAACAGUCCUGAGACCCCAGCAAAAAUCGCCUUUUCAUUUAUCUGACUUUAAUUUAUCUGAAUGUACAGCCUAUAUAUUUAGCCUCACAAUGAAUUGUUUUACCAUUUUAUUUUCAGGACAACCAGGGCUACAAGUAGAACACAAAACAAUGUGACAUAAACAGUUGAAUUCAUGAGUUUUAUUGACAAAUGUCACACACAAAAAGGUCUGCCAAAGCAAAAACCUGAUAAAAAUGUAUAUCAAUGCUGUAGGUACAGAAAUUGUUUGCUCAGUGAGAAAUGAAUAUCCAACUAUUCAGUGACAACUGUGUGGAGUUUGUGACAGCAACUAUGUGAGUUUAUUAUAGUAGUAUAGACACUAUGUCCUGGGAUUUCCUAUGAUCUUCUAUGUAGAAGAACCAAUUACCUUCUAACAACUUGUUUAGCCUGUGAGCGUCCUAGAGCAAAAGCUGCAUGUUCGUGAGAGUCUCAGCUUUUCAUAGAUGGCUUUUAAUAGUUUUUAGCUCAAACCAUUCGGACUCUACAGACGUUUUUGUAAAAAGACCCUGGCCCGGGCCCUUUUGGGAUCCGCCCUUGUUUUAUAAACACCACUCUAGCUCAGCCCCCGUUAAUCACACAGACUGAUGGUUGGUAUCAACGGAUGCAGAAGAAAUAGAAAUCCAUAGCAUCCGUGCUCUCUCUCUCUGUCUGUCUGUCUGUCUGUCUGUCUGUGCGUAGGGUGUGUUACGAGCGCUGUCCCUACAACCCCACGGCGGCUACCUUCAUCCUGUCGGCCAUGUGGCACGGCGCCUACCCUGGAUACUACCUCACCUUCCUCACCGGCAUCGUGGUCACACUGGCCGCACGCGCCGUGAGUACUGUCUCUUUCUCUUGUCUCUGUGGGUGUGUGUCUGUCUGUCACUCUCGCUCUCUCCAAAACACACAGACCUCUCUGUGUCUCUUUAUGUUUCUCACUUUCUCUGUAUAUCUCUCAUUUUCCAUAUCUCCCUCUUCUAAAACAAACGCUGACACUCAGAUACGGGCCGGCUUCUCUAUCACUCAAGCCUGUUUCUGUCUGGACUCACUAAGCCCUAAACUUUUCAAAGUCACCGAUUUUUUAAAAAUGUGAUUCACUUAAACAAAUGACAUUUUUUCUGAAUGUCAAUGACUUCAGCUAUCACCAUAUAUAUCCUGAUGGCCCUUCCGUUCCCAUUAGAAAUAAAACAAAAAGCCAUGUUCAACCUGAUCGUUCUUUAUUUCUGCAUCAUCAGUGUGGGGAUCAGUCAUAGUUAGUCCACCAUGGAGACUCACUGUGCUCUAUAAUAAUAAUAAUAUGCCAUUUAGCAGACGCUUUUAUCCAAAGCGACUUACAGUCAUGCGUGCAUACAUGUUUUGUGUAUGCUCUGAAAGCCUGAAUGAAGUAGCAUAUUUAUUAGAGACUGGAUCUGCAUCCCAAAUGGCUCCCUAUAUAGUGCAAUACUUUUGACCAGAGCCCUGGCCCCUAUGGGUGUACAAAACAUUAGGAACACCUGCUCUUUCCAUGACAUGGAGUGACCAGGUGAAUCCAGGUGAAAGCUAUGAUCCCUUAUUGAUGUCACUUGUUAAUAUCCACUUCAGUCAGUGUAGAUUAAGGGUAGGAGACAGUUUAAAGAAGGAUUUAACUGCUUUUGAAUGGGGUAUGGUAGUAGGUGCCAGGCGCACCUGUAUGUCAAGAACUGCAACGCUGCUGGUCACGCUCAACAGUUUCCCGUGUGUUUCAAGAAUGGUCCACCACCCAAAGGACAUCCAGCCAACUUGACACAACUGUGAGAAGCAUUGGAGUCAACAUGAGCCAGCAUCCCUGUGGAACGCUUUCGACACCUUGUAGAGUCUGUGCCCCGACGAAUUGAAACUGUUCUGAGGGCAAAAAACAACUCAAUAUUAGGAAGGUGUUCCUAACAGGCCAGCCAGACAGACAGAUGGAGAGCAGACAGGGCAGGAAUCAGGCUAAUGGAGCAUCACCCGAGUCACUUUGAGACUCACCGAGGCAGAUCACCGCUGAUGGAUGAGCUGAGAGAGAAAGUCCAGUUGAAAAAUGUACUCUUACCUGCAUCCCAAAUUGUAUGCUACUCCCUAUAUAGUGCACUACUUCUAACCAGGGACCAUGCACUAUAUAGGGAAUAGGGUUCCAUUUGGGACGCAACCUUCGAUAUGGGAAAUGUGAACUUGGCGAGGGAGAGAGAGUUAAGGGCAGAUUUAGAAGGGCCUUUUGUUGUACAUUUUAUUGUCUCACUUCUUCUUUUGCUCCAAUGAAUUCAUUGCUUUGGUUCUUUUUUCUCUCCAGAUGAGACACAACGUGAGGCCGUACUUCCUGGGCUCGCCGUCACACAAGCUAGUGUAUGAUGUGAUCACGUGGGCGGGCACCCAGAUUGCCAUUUGUUACACUGUGGUGCCUUUUGUGCUGCUGUCUGUCGGGCCCUCUAUGAAGUUCUACAGGUGAGUGGCCAAAAACGAUGUCUCUGUCUUAAAUGGCAUCCUAUAGGGCUCUGGUCAAAAUUAGUUCACUAUAUAGGGAAUAGGGUGCCAUGUGGUACACAUCCAGAGAACAGUACUUUACCUCACUGAAGUCAAAAAAAGUAUUCAUAGUUUGACCUUGGAUGGAAGUGCAAGAACCAAUUGUGUUUUUAUCUAAACCUCUGACCAACAGGCUAAUUUAUUGCUGAAAUGUAGAGGACUAUUAGUCCUUCUGACAGACAUACUCUGAACAAAAAUAUAAAUGCAACAUGUAAAGUGUUGGUCCCAUGUUUCAUGAGCUGAAAUAAAAGAUCCCAGAAAUGUUCCAUAUGCACAAAAAAACGUAUUUCUAUAAAAUGUUGUGCACGAAUCUGUUUACAUCUCUGUUAGUUAGCGUUUCUCCUUUGCCAAGAUAAUCCAUCCACCUGACAGGUGUGGCAUAUCAAGAAGCUGAUUAAACAGCAUGAUCAUUACACAUUUGCACCUUGUGCUGGAGACAAUAAAAGGCCACUCUAAAAUGUGCAGUUUUGUCACAGAUGUCUCAAAUUUUGAGGGAGCUUGCAAUUUGUAUGCUGACUGCAGGAAUGUCCACCAGAGCUGUUGCCAGAUAAUUUUAUGUUCCAUAAGCCGGCUCCAACAUUGUUUUAGAGAAUUUGUCAGUACGUCCAACCGGCCUCACAACGCCAGCCCAGGACCUCCACAUCUGGCUUCUUCACCUCAAGGAUCGUCUGAGACCAGCCACCCGGACAGCUGAUGAAACUGUGGGUUUGCACAACCAAAGAAUUUCUGCACAAAAUGUCAAAAACUGUCUCAGGAAGCUCAUCUACAUGCUCGUCGUCCUCACCAGGGUCUUGACCUGACUGCAGUUCGGCGUCGUAACCGAUUUCAGUGGGCAAAUGCUCACCUUCGAUGGCCACUGGCACGCUGGAGAAGUGUGCUCUUCAUUGAUGAAUCCCGGUUUCAACUGUAUCUGUCAGACGGCAGACAGAGUGUAUAGCGUCGUGUGGGCGAGCGGUUUGCUGAUGUCAACGUUGUGAACAGAGUGCCCCAUGGUGGCGGUGGGGUUAUAUAUGGGCAGGCAUAAGCUAUGGACAACAAAGACAAUUGCAUUUUAUCUAUGGUAAUUUCAAUGCACAGAGAUACCGUGACGAGAUCCUGAGGACCAUUGUCGUAACAUUCAUCCGCUGCCAUCGCUUCAUGUUUCAGCAUGAUAAUGCACGGACCCAUGUCGCAAGGAUCUGUACACAAUCCCUGGAAACUGAAAAUGUCCCAGUUCUUCCAUUGCCUGCAUACUUACCAGACAUGUCACCCAUUGAGCAUGUUUGGGAUGCUCUGGAUCGACGUGUACGACAGCGUUUUUCCAGUUCCUGCCAAUAUCCAGCAACUUCGCACAGACAUUGAAGAGGAGUGGGACAACGUUCCACAAGGCCACAAUCAACAGCCUGAUCAACUUCAUGUGAAGGAGAUGUCAUGCUGCAUGAGGCAAAUGGUGGUCACACCAGAUACUAACUGGUUUUCUGAUCCACGCCCCUACCUUUUUUUUAAGGUAUCUGUGACCAACAGAUGCAUAUCUGGAUUCCCAGUCAUGUGAAAUCCAUAGAUUAGGGCCUAAUGAAUGUAUUUCAAUUGACUGAUUUCCUUUUAAGAACUGUAACUCAGUCAAAUCUAAGAAAUUGUUGCAUGUUACGUUAUAUUUUUGUUCAGUGUAUUUAGACUGAAUAGAGCUAGCAAGCUCUAGAGAUUCGAUUUUUGAUCUUUGAGAAUAGUCGAGGGCAUUAAACACAUUUGAUGUUGACAAUAAUUCUCUUUAUACAGUAGCUUUUUGUUCCCUUUCUGAGAAGUUGAAUGAACUUGUUGUGAUAGUUGAUGUGAACUUUCAGUGUACAACACCAAGAGAAAUUCCUUGCAACAUUUGCUGCAUGGCAAUAAAGUUGUCUGAUUCUUAUAUUGAUCCCUAAAUCAUCCCAUCUCUCCUCUCCCAGGUCCUGGUACUUCAGCGUCCACAUUGGCUGUGUCCUCCUGGCCGUAGCCCUGCCAGUCAAGCCCCGACACCUGCGCCUGAAGGAGCAGCAGAAAGGCCUGCAUCAGGCCCCCGUCCUCUCCCACCUGGACUCCACCUCCACAGACAGCAACUACAACCAGAAGACCAAGGCCACAUGA